AUGAUCAGAAGCUGCCGGCCACGGGCACUCCACGUACGAAACGCCCGAAGCAUUGUCGCAAUUCAAACAUGCAUUGUCCCCGCGAUCCGUGAAAGGCAACACACACUUCACGGCCUCCACACGACCGCCGCUGCCGGCAAACUCACCUUGGGUUUUGCUAAAAGAGAUGAUCCCACCAACAUCACCAGUCCAACAUCGACCUACGAUUACAACGUACGGAUGGCGGAGAUCGGCCGCCGAGCAAGCGCCCACGCCGCGCGGAAGCUGUUCGACGGAAUUCCCGAACGAGACAGGGUGUCCUACGCCUCUAUGAUCAGCAUUUAUCUCAAGCACGAUGAGUUUCACAAGGCCGAGAAGCUUUUCUACGAGAUCCCUGAGGACAUGAGGACCAUCGUGGCAGAUUCUGCUAUGGUGGAUGCCUAUGCAAAGGCCGGCCGAAUGGAUCAAGCCAAGGAUGUAUUCGACAAAAUGCCCGAGAGAAAUUCGUUCUCCUGGAGCAGCUUGAUCUCGGGUUAUUUUAGAGCCGGGAAAGUCCAUGCCGCCCUCGAACUUUUCGCGAAAAUGCCCGAGAGAGACAAAAACGAGAUUACAUGGACGAAUGUGAUUACGGGCUUCUCGCAGAAUGGGCUGAUUGAUGAGGCCCGGCGUGCUUUCGACCGGACAACUGUGAAAAAUGUGGUGAUGUGGACCUCGAUGGUGAAGGCCUACAUCGAGAAUGAUCGGGUUGAUGAGGCAUUUAAGCUCUUUCGGGAGAUGCCAGAACGUAAUUUGUACUCUUGGAACAUCAUGGUGCGUGGGCUUUUGGAUGAGGGCAGAAUAAACGAAGCUAACGAGCUUUUCAAGUCAAUGACUCGGAAGAAUGUGAUUUCUUGGACAACUAUGGUCACGGGCCUCGCAAAAAAUGGGAUGACUGAUUUGGCAAGGAUAUACUUUGACCGGAUGCCGAAUAAGGAUAUCUCUGCUUGGAAUGCAAUGAUUACAGCCUACGCCGACACGGGCCGAAUGGUCGAGGCCCGGGAACUUUUUAACUCAAUGUCCAACAGAAAUAUCGUAACUUGGAAUGCAAUGAUUCAUGGCUAUUCAAUGGAUCAACAAGCGGACGAGGCCUUUUCUCUGUUUAUUUCCAUGCGCCGUGACUCGAUCACGCCAAAGGAGACAAGCCUCACGAGCUUGCUAACUUCGUGCAGUGGGAUUCUGGGUGUCAUUCAAGUACACGGGCUUAUAGUGCAACUCGGUUAUGAAAUAGAGACAUCUCUAGCUAAUACUCUAAUCACCAUGUACUACAGGUGUGGUGACAUCACCUCGGCUAGGAUUGUUUUCGACAAUCUUGAAGCAAAGGACGUCGUCAGUUGGACCGCGAUAAUAUCUGCGUAUUCCAAUCACGGGCUCGGCAUGUGGGCCCUGCAGGCAUUUGCUCGGAUGAUAAGAUCGGGCCACGCUCCUGAUGGGAUCACUUUUGUGGGAGUCCUGUCGGGCUGUAGCCAUGCGGGCUUCGUGAGAAAAGGCCGUAUGCUUUUCGACUCCAUGAGGAGUGCUUAUGGUCUGGAGCCAACAUCAGAGCACUAUUCUUGCCUUGUCGAUAUCCUUGGGCGGGCUGGGCUCGUUAAUGAGGCUAUGAAGGUGGUGAACGAGAUGCCCCUAGAUAAAUGCGAUGGUGUGGUUUUGGGGGCUUUGGUUAGUGCCUGCAGGCUGCAUGGAGAUGAUGAGUUGGCUGAUCAUAUAGGCGACGAGCUAAUCGAACUUGAGCCGGGUAGAUCUGGUGCAUACGUUCUGCUGGGUAAUUUGUAUGCCUCGUGUGGGAAAUGGGACAAAUUUUCGGAAUUGAGGAAGAAGAUGAAGGAGAGGGAAGUUAACAAAGUGCCUGGUUACAGUCAGAUUGAGGUUAAUGGCAGGAUUCAUGUGUUUUUGGUUGGUGACAAGUCUCACCCUGAAAUGAAAGAGAUUUACUUGCUUCUACGUGAGAAGCUUCUGCUCGAGAUGCGAGAUUUUGGUUACGAUGAUUGUAGCAUUGUGUAG